AUGUGGUCCGCUAACUCCUUCACGUGCAAUGAUCUCCCGGUCAGGAUCGCCGCAAGGGCCAACAGGUUUCAUUGCAUCGUGGCUACGGUCCCUUCCCCAGCUGCAAUCACGGGAAGAGGCCUCCGCCUCUCUUGUACGCCGGCCAUACUCCAACCACGAGACCCAGCACAACACACGGGGCUGCGCGCGCUGGCGGAGAAAGCCGGAGCUCUGCGGACAAGCGUCUCCAAAGCCCGGGAGACCCCAAAGCUCGGGGCUUGCUGCCAGGUUUUAGCCACGCCACAAAUAAUUAUCUGCUUUGUAUUUCUGAGCAGUUCCCGAGCUUACAGCGUUAACAAUGUUUUGGAUGCUAAAUCUACGAGUAUCCAGGUAGUCGUUAAAGAAGGUGGUCUGAAGUUCAUCCAGGUCCAAGAUAACGGCUGUGGUAUCAGAAAGGAAGAUCUGGACAUCGUAUGUGAGAGAUUUACUACGAGUAAACUGCAAAAAUUUGAAGACUUGGCUAGUAUUUCUACAUACGGUUUUAGAGGCGAGGCAUUGGCUAGCAUCAGUCAUGUUGCCCAUGUUACAGUAACAACUAAAACGGCUGACGCAAAGUGUGCGUACAGAGCUACUUACAGUGAUGGAAAAAUUAAAGCCCCUCCGAAACCCUGUGCUGGAAACCAGGGAACUCAGAUCACGGUUGAAGAUCUUUUUUACAAUGUAAAUACAAGGAGGAAAGCUUUAAAAAAUCCAAAUGAAGAAUAUGCAAAAAUACUAGAAGUUGUUAGCAGGUAUGCCAUCCAUAACUCAGGCAUCAGCUUUUCGGUUAAAAAGCAAGGUGAUACCGUGUCAGAUGUUAGAACCUUAUCAAACGCCUCAACAGUGGACAACAUUAGGUCCAUCUUUGGAAAUGCUGUUAGCAGGGAACUGAUAGAAGUGGGUUGUGAAGAUGCAAAUCUGGCCUUUAAAAUGAAAGGCUACAUCACGAAUGCAAACUACUCUGUGAAGAAAUGUAUAUUUUUACUCUUCAUAAACCAUCGAUUGGUAGAGUCAGCCGCUUUGCGGAAAGCCAUAGAAACUGUGUAUGCUGCUUAUUUGCCAAAAAGUACGCAUCCGUUCCUAUACUUAAGCCUGGAAAUAACCCCCCAGAACGUAGAUGUGAAUGUGCACCCUACAAAACAUGAGGUCCAUUUCCUUCAUGAAGAUAGUAUUCUAGAGCGUGUGCAACAACAUGUAGAGAGCAAGUUAUUGGGCUCCAAUUCUUCACGGAUGUACUUCACUCAGACAUUGCUUCCAGGGGCCGACUGUUCUUCCAGUGAGGUUGUAAAAGCAUCAGCAAACUCUUCUGCGGUUACCAAAGGAACCAGUGAUAAAGUUUAUGCGCAUCAGAUGGUGCGCACUGAUUCCCGAGAGCAGAAAUUGGAUGCUUUUCUUCAGCCGGUGAACAACCCCCUAAGUACAGGCCCCGCUGAAGCGACGACAGAGGUUGUUAACGCAGGACCUCCGGAGGGUGUAGUCGGGCCCCAGGAUGCUGAAAUGGCAGAUGUCAGUGAUCUAGUUGAAAUGGCUGAUGCUCAGGAGGACACAGUGAUGCCUGGGGGGCUGAGUGAGAGUGGACGCUUGUCUUCUGACACAGUGCCUCCUCGAAAGCGACCACGGGAAGACACGGACAUAGAAAUGGAGAAAGAUGACACCAGAAAGGACAUGACUGCUGCCUGCACCCCUAGAAGAAGAAUUAUCAACUUGACCAGUGUAUUGACUCUCCAGGAGGAAAUUAGUAACCUGGCACAUGCAAAUCUUCAGGAGAUGCUAUGUGACCACUCAUUUGUUGGCUGUGUCAGUCCUCAGUGGGCUCUGGCCCAGUAUCAGACAAAACUGUAUCUUCUCAAUACAACAAAACUCAGCGAAGAACUCUUCUACCAGAUACUUAUUUAUGACUUUGCAAACUUUGGAGUCUUAAGGUUGUCUGAGCCAGCUCCCUUAUAUGAGCUUUCAAUGCUCGCUUUAGAGGACCCUGAAAGUGGCUGGACAGAAGAAGAUGGCCCAAAAGAAGGGCUGGCCGAGUACAUUGUGGAGUUUCUGAAAAAGAAGACUGAAAUGUUGAAAGAUUAUUUUUCUCUUGAGAUUGAUGAGGAAGGAAACCUUAUUGGGUUACCGCUUCUGAUAGACAACUAUGUUCCGCCGCUGGAAGGACUGCCUAUGUUUAUCCUUCGUUUGGCCACAGAGGUAAACUGGGAUGAAGAAAAGGAGUGUUUUGAAAGCCUAAGUAGAGAAUUAGCUAUGUUCUACUCCAUUAGAAAGCAAUAUAUAAUAGAUGAAGCCAACCUGACAAACUCUCAGAAUGAAGAUUCUGACUCUGGUUCAACAACAUGGAAAUGGACUGUGGAACAUGUACUUUACAAAGCUUUUAGGACUCAUCUUUUACCUCCUAAACACUUCACAGAAGAUGGCAACAUUUUGCAGCUUGCUAACCUGCCUGACCUGUAUAAAGUUUUUGAGAGAUGUUGAGCAAGUAGUUAUUAUAGACUGGUGCUUAUCUAAAAAACAUUCACGCUACAUUCUGUUUUACUUAGUAGAGGAUAAAGCUAGAAUCUUGAUGGAGGAAAGAAAAGGAGGGGAUUUAAUAUCAUACUAACAUGAUAGCAAAUGGUCUAUUUUCCUUCUGUUGAUCAAAGAAUAAAAAGAAUUGUUUUGGCUAUGUCUAAACCCAACUGAAGUUUCUAAAAUAAAAUCUCCACUUAUGCUUUGA